CUUCCUUUCCUUCAUGUCACUGACAUCUCUUGACUCAACGCAAAGCAGCAUGACCCACCUCUGAGCCCCAGCCAACUCGAUUGCACAAUCUGCAUCCGCCAUGAGCCUGAUGGAGGACUGGCUAACCUUCCUGUCCGGCCUCCUAGUCGGGCUAUGCGCCGUACCGCUCCUCCCCUUCGUCAUGGGCUUGCUCAAGCGAUUUGCGGGAGGUCAAGGAGGCAAUGAAGCCUAUGCAGACCUGGAUGUACAGGUGUUGAAUACUCUCCCGCCGAAGACGGAAUGGAUGAACAUGGGUUGGUGGACGGGCGACGACGAGGGGGCAGACCCUUUUGACCAGUGCGAUAAGGUGAGGCCGCUUGCCGAAACGCGGCCACUCAAGUCACUGCCCGAAGCAUGCGAAGCCCUCGCCCUCAAGCUCUACAGUGCCUGCGGCCUCACUGAAGGCGCUGCAAUUCUCGACAUUGGUCAUGGCCCGGGCGAGUCUGUCCUGCUUCUGAAGAGCCGCUUCCAACCACAGAGGCUGGACGGAGCAACUCUUUCACUGCGUGACGCUCAGAGGGCCCAGGGAAAGCUGGCCUCCGCAGCAAAAGGUGGAGAAGGAGGCACAGAAGUUCAGAUAAAAGCAGCCGAUGGAGCUGCCUUCCUCAAGGAGUGCAAUCCGGCAACGUACGACUACAUCUUUGCCCUGGAUUGUGCGUAUCACUUCUCGUCACAUUCACGCAAGGACUUUUUCACUGCAGCACAUCGUGCUCUCAAGCCAGGAGGGAAGCUCGGACUCUUUGACAUGUUCCUGGCGACCCCAUAUCCGGCUAAGAAGAAGGAGGCCAAGGGGAGUCGGGGCGAGGAGUGGUUCAAGGCGACAAGCGCCGAGCUGCCCUGUCCAACUCGAGCAGCUCUGACAUGGCCACAGGAGUUAAAAUUGCGGCUGUUCUGCCUCCUCACAUCUACACCACGUCGCAACCUUCUCCCUUUCUCUUCCUACUUCUCAACACUCUGCUCAGCGGGCUUCUCCUCGCAGGACAUCAGCAUCAUGGACGUAUCCUCGCACGUCUUCCCUGGCUUUGCGCGCUUCCUUCGCGACUUUGCGGAAGGAGAUGAAUGGAGAGCAGGUGCUGGUGGAUGGAAUAUGAGGAAGGCGCUGGGUAGCUUUGCGGGCUUUGUUGAGGGUUGGGCGAGGGGAGGAGAUGAAGGGUUGUUGAGGGGUGGGCUGGUGGUGGUCACGAAAGCGAAACAGCUGUAAGAGGGUACGAGGAGAUGAUUUUGUCAGGAGAAUCAGUAGAUACCA